AUGGCAAACUCCGCAGAGAUCCCAGUCACCAACGACGCAAACCAAACCUCCACACAGCAGCAUGUCCUAGGGAUUCCUCGUCCCCCCUCGGUGGGAGGAAUCUCGUCCCGGGUGACGGAUGAUGAUGGGGAACGAACACCGUCUUAUACGUCACCUGCCCCUCAGCACCAGUCACAAUCCUCCGUUUCUCGUCGAGGUCCGCCUCCCACUCGGAACUCCAUCACUAGCCAGGUAACCAGCAGACCUGGUAGCUCGGGGAGCCGACUGAGCAGGUCACAUAUACCGUCCCUGACGGCCCAGGGAUUUUUCCGGCCAAUGAGCUCGCAACGACUGCAGGCACACCGAGGAACACGCCCCAUGACCAAAGGAACCGUUUCAUCUACCGAUGAAUGGACAGAGCGAGACGGUCAAAACCGGAGAAGUUUAAUCUCCAACAGCACGGUACCGCAAGGGUCUCUUAAUCCGACUGAUAUGGAAGUUCCGCCGUCCCGGGGAACGGAGUUCACAGAUCCUAUCAUCCCAGACCGCAACACCUCGAACGCCAGUCCCAUGGGUAACACAACCAUUCGGAGUCUGGGUGAGAGCGUUAGGCUUUUGCGGGAUCGAGACCAGAAGGACAAGCCCCAGCGCCUCAAUCUAGGCGCCAACUAUACAGGGCAGACGGCACAAGACGCACCACCAAAAUCACCCCUAUCGUUCUUGUCAUUGCAAAAUAGGGGUUCGGGACAGAAUAAUCAUGAGUCUCGGGGUCAUCAAGGCCAUGAGCACCUCUCUUCUGCUGGGUCCUCUCCUGGUCCCCUUGAUGUAAAGAAUCCUGGGCUACCAAAACCGAAGUUGGGCAAAAACUAUGAAUAUUUCCUUGGAAACACCGUCUUCUGCGGCGGAGGGCGCUUUCAAAACUCUCGAGACAAGCCUGUCAACAUUGCAACAGGCCUUUUGGUGGUUGUACCUUCAGCAUUGUUCUUUGCCUUUUCGGCCCCUUGGCUGUGGCAUAAUAUCUCUCCUGCUAUUCCCAUCGUGUUUGCCUACGUCUUUUACGUUUGUUUCUCAUCUUUUGUACAUGCCUCUGUCGUCGAUCCUGGAGUGAUGCCUCGCAAUGUACAUCCCAUGCCCCAGACAAAUCCUUCAGACGAUCCUUUGGCGCUUGGUCCACUCACGAAUGACUGGGUUAUGGUUAAGCUUGCUACUUCUGAUGUGGCUGCCAUGGAUGUGCCAGUGAAAUACUGCAAGACAUGUAACAUAUGGCGGCCUCCUCGCUGCUAUCAUUGUCGUGUCUGCAAUAAUUGCGUCGAAACCCUCGAUCACCACUGUGUGUGGCUCAAUAAUUGCGUGGGUCGCCGGAAUUAUCGGUACUUUUUCACCUUCGUCAGCUUCUGCACGCUCCUAGCCCUAUUCUUAAUUGGCGCAAGUUUGGCACACAUUUUGGUCUACAUGUCCCGGGAAAACGUAUCCUUCGGGGCUGCAAUCUCGAAAUGGAGAGUACCCUGGGCAAUGGUGAUCUAUGGUGUUGUCGCAGUGCCAUACCCCACAUCUCUCUGGGCGUACCACAUGUUCUUGGUUGGUCGUGGCGAAACAACCAGAGAAUAUCUCAACUCGCACAAGUUUUCCAAGGGUGACCGGCAUCGGCCGUUCACCCAAGGCAAUAUCCUCAAGAAUUGGAUUGCCGUUCUUGGACGUCCUCGGCCUCCCACGUAUAUGCAGUUCAAGAAGCAAUACGAAGAUGGCGAUCAACGCCUGGAUACGCCAAAGCGCAAGUAUCGUGUCCCAGAUGUCGAAUCCCAAGGCAUUGAAAUGGAACAUGUUGGUCCCCAACAGCAUUGA